AUGACUUCAAUCACCUCCGUCGAAUUGAAUUACCUCGUUUUCCGUUACCUUCAAGAGUCAGGUUUUACGCAUUCAGCUUUUGCUUUAGGAUAUGAGGCAGGAAUUAACAAAUGCACCAUAGAUGGCAAUAUGGUUCCACCUGGUGCUCUCAUUACAUUUGUACAAAAGGGACUCCAGUACCUGGAAAUGGAAGCAAAUUUGAGUAAUAAUGAUGCAGAUGCAGAUGAAGAUUUCUCAUUUUUGCAACCUUUGGAUCUUAUCACAAAAGAUGUGAAUGAAUUGCGGCAGAUAAUAAGAGAGAAGAAAAGAAAUCUGCACAAGGAUAGAGAGAAGGAGAAGGAGAAGGAGAAGGAGAAGGAGAAAGAAAAGGAAAAAGAAAAAGAGAGAGAUAAAGACAAAGAUAAAGAGUUCGAAGGGGAACAUGAAAAAGAACGUGCACGAGUGAGAGAGAAGGAAAGGCAUGAUAGAGAAAAGGAGAAUGAAAGGGAUAGAGAGAGGUUAGAAAGGGAAAAAGAGCGAGACAAGCAGCUUGAGGAUGACACUGAUAGCAGAAUGGUUGCUGAUAUAGAAGAUAAGCAUGAAGAAAAUGGAAUUUCUGAAGGCGCUUUGGCCUUCCCUCGGCCUCCAAGGAUGGUGAGGCUUGCUGUUACGGUUAAAAGUAAUGCUUUGUCCUUCCUUUGGAGACCAGAGCCAAUGGAUAUAUCCACAGCAUCAACAUCUCAGACGUGUGAAAUUCCUAGUUCUGAUGUGAUGAUUUUGGAAGGACAUACUUCUGAGGUUUGUGCCUGUGCAUGGAGUCCAACGGGAUCACUUCUUGCAUCAGGGUCUGGAGACUCCACAGCACGAAUUUGGACAAUAGCAGAGGGGACCUCUAGAUCUGUUGUGCAGAAUAGUCCUUUAAAUGUGCUGGUAUUGAAGCAUGUAAAGGGAAGAACAAAUGAGAAAAGCAAAGAUGUGACAACACUUGAUUGGAAUGGUGAGGGAACAUUACUUGCAACCGGCUCUUAUGAUGGGCAGGCAAGAAUUUGGAGUACUGAUGGCGAACUAAAGACUACAUUGAGUAAGCAUAAAGGACCCAUAUUUACUCUGAAGUGGAACAAGAAGGGGGAUUAUCUUCUAACUGGAAGUUGUGAUAAAACGGCAAUUGUGUGGGAUGUGAGGGCUGAGGAGUGGAAACAGCAGUUUGAGUUUCAUUCAGGUCCUACGCUCGAUGUUGACUGGCGCAAUAAUGUUUCAUUUGCAACAAGCUCCACUGACAAUAUGAUAUAUGUAUGCAAAGUUGGAGAAACACGCCCUAUUAAAACUUUUGCUGGACAUCAGGGUGAGGUUAAUUGUGUGAAGUGGGAUCCUACAGGCUCUUUGUUGGCUUCUUGCUCUGAUGAUAUCAGUGCUAAGAUAUGGAGUAUGAGGCAGGAUAAGUAUGUUCAUGAUUUGAGGGAGCAUUCUAAGGAGAUUUAUACAAUCAGAUGGAGCCCAACUGGACCUGGUACAAAUAAUCCAAACCAGCAAUUAGUGCUGGCGAGUGCAUCAUUUGACUCAACGGUGAAAUUAUGGGAUGUGGAGUUGGGGAAACUUCUCUGCAGUUUGAAUGGACACAGGGAGCCUGUGUAUUCGGUUGCAUUUAGUCCUAAUGGAGAAUAUUUGGCAAGUGGAUCUCUUGAUAGAUGCAUCAACAUCUGGUCAUUGAAGGAAGGAAAGAUUGUGAAAACAUAUGCUGGCAAUGGGGGAAUAUUUGAAGUUUGUUGGAACAAGGAAGGUGAUAUAAUCAGCUGGGAUUUCUUGGAGCUUGUGGUAACAUUGUGUUUAGUUGGGCUUCAGUUUCCCAUGGAAGCGAGCUUUCCUUUGAUGGGGAUGUGA